AAUACCUUAAAUGUAGAAACUUUGUCUUAUUAUACACUCUGAGAAACUCAAGUUUGUUGAUAAAACAUUGAAUAGAAACAUAUUCCAUUAAUUGUUGAUCAAUCUGAGAACUUGGAGAAGGCUUCUAAAAAAUGGAGAGUGGCGACGAGAGUAGGCCGGUGGUUCUGAUAACGGGAUGUGCUCAGGGAGGGAUUGGUCACGCGCUGGCCAGUGAGUUCACUGAGAAGGGAUGUCGAGUGGUGGCUACGAGUCUAUUACUGAGCACGAUGAUGGAUCUCGAGCAAGAUUCGAGGUUCUUCGUCAAGGAGCUUGAUGUUCAAUCGGAACAGAACGUGAGUAAGGUUGUGUCGGAGGUUAUUGAUAAGUUCGGAAGGAUCGACGUUCUUGUUAAUAACGCUGGUGUUCAGUGCGUCGGACCUCUGGCUGAGAUUCCAUUUGCGGCCAUGGAGAACACCUUCAACACUAAUGUUUAUGGUACAAUGAGGAUGAUACAAGCCGUUGUACCUCACAUGGUGUCUAAGAAAAAGGGGAAGAUUGUGAAUGUUGGAAGUGUCACUGUUAUGGCACCAGGUCCAUGGGCUGGGGUCUAUACAGCUACCAAAGCUGCUAUUCAUGCUCUUACUGAUACCUUCAGGUUGGAGCUUAGGCCCUUUGGGAUUGAUGUCAUCAAUGUUGUCCCGGGAGGAGUACGAACAAACAUAGCAAACACAGCUGUAGCGAGCUUCAACAAAAUGCCUGAGCUGAAACUAUACAAGCCUUACGAAGAAGCUAUCAGAGAAAGGGCGUUUAUAUCACAGAGGAUGAAGCCAACUCCUGCAGAGACAUUCGCCAAAGACAUUGUAGCAGCAGUGCUGAAGAAGAACCCACCCGCUUGGUUCUCUUCAGGCAGGUACUCAACCCUCAUGGCAAUCAUGUACCAUAUGCCCCUUUGGCUUAAAGAUUUUAUCCAGAACCAGGAUUUUAUGAAGAAGAAGUGAUAUAAUCAGAAUCAGCUUGGGGUUUAAGACCAGAAUGUAAACAUGAAAACGAAUGUAAGAGAUUGUUCAAACUGUUUAUUCAAUCUUAUGUCCCCAUGUUUGAGUCUUAAACAGGGGAGAAUGAUUACAUUAUUGUUGUAAAAUCAUUGUGGUACACAUAACUGUAGGAAGGAAAGGUGAGGAUUCUACAACCAGAGGAACAAUAGUUCUACAUUGAUUCGACCCAACAAACGUAUCAUUGAAUCCACAUUCUCUUGAAUUUAUAAGCAUGUGGCCGGUGAGCAUUAAUCAAUCUUUUAAGUUAACAGAGUCGUGCAUGACUAUUGACUAAUAUAUUAUCACAAAUUGGUUUGUUGUUUAAGAAAACUACGUGGAAGAUAACAAAUCGUUUUGCACCAUUUAAUUUCUUAUGAAAUGUGAUGUGAAAAAAAGUUUGGUUGGUACUUGUUAUUAGCAGUUGGACCACUGCUAAU